AUGGCUGGUUGUAAUGGCACUGAAUCGUGGGUUCGAGGUGGGGAGGAGUUCAGAGGACAGCGCCUGCUUCCCAACAUCGUCGACUAUUACGCCCAUGAGGAGCCUGAUCGUAUCUUUGCCGCCAUUCCUAAGUCAAGGAAUGUUGCAGAUGGCUUCCGCGAUAUCAGUAUGAGAACUUUGGCGACGGCGGUAGAUCAUAUGGCUUGGUGGGUUGAUCGCGCCUUUGACGGAGUCUCUAAAAAGACAACACUGGCUUAUGUCGGCCCUUCUGACCUCCGCUACCCAAUCAUGCUGUUGGCGCUCAUGAAAUGUGGAUGGAAUGCCAUGUUCGUCUCUCCUCAAAACACCGGUAUCCAAAAUCUAGGUCUGUUGCAGGAGGCAGAUGUCCAUGGCCUUAUCUACGCGGAUGCCAUGUCCCCAUUAGCAGGGAGUCUGCAGCAAUUCGACCCAUUUAUGCCAGUUUUGCAGCUGCCAGAACUGAAUGAGCUUUUUAAGUCUCGGGCGCCUCCAUAUCACUGGACAGGCUCGUUUGCAGAACUCCAGGAUAAACGUUGCCUGAUUCUGCACACUUCCGGCACAACGGGUCAACCAAAGCUGGUGUACUACACCCACGGCACCCUAUCCUGCGCUGACAGUGACACGUUUAUGCCUGUUCCCGAGGGACGGCGUGCGCAGAAUGCGGACCAGUUCAACUUCUCUCCACCUGGCCGCUACUACUCGCCCUUCCCACCUCAUCACUUAGCCGGUCUGCAUGCCUACACCCUUCUACCUCUCUUUUCACAAACGGCCGCUUUUGUCAUGGGACCUCUUUUCGUCACACCAAGCGGGUCCCUGCUGAGCGCGAUUUUGCAACAACAGCCGCAGAUCCGAGCCAUUUACGCUCCCCCAUUUUUGCUUGAGCAGUGGGUGCUCGAGCCGGAAGCCUAUGACCAGGCACGACGCCUUGAGUUCAUACUUUUCGGUGGAGGGGCCCUGGCACCUAGGGUUGGACAUAAGCUGAGCCGGGUAACUGACGUGCGUCAGAUGUAUGGGUCUAUAGAAACCUGUCAUAUCCAGGUGCUUAUUCCUCAGCCCAGGGAAUGGGAAUAUCUCGAAUUCCUCCCGUGUGAUGAAUACGAGAUGCAGCCUGUAGGUGAUGGGGUGUAUGAGCUGGUGCUGCACUCAAACGAAAAGUCUCGCUCGCAUCUGUCAUUUGCUCAUAAUUAUCCCAAGGUGAGCACGUGGCGCACCAAAGACCUCUUUAUGCCUCACCCCACAAAACCUGGGCUGUGGCGCUUCCACUCCCGUACCGAGGAUAUCAUCAUGCUGGAGAAUAAUCUCAAGGUGUGGCCAAUCCCCAUGGAGACCAUCCUGAGAGGGAAUCCUCAUGUGGUUGGGGCCUUGAUUGUGGGAAAUGGUCGUCCAGAGCCAGUCCUCCUCAUUGAGCCCAGGCAUAGCUCUUACACGGAGAUGGGCAAAGAAAACCUGCUGGAUUCCAUCUGGUCUUCUGUCGUUGAAGCAAAUUCUGUUGCAUCAGACUAUGCGCAAAUACAACGGUCGCGGAUCAUCUUGUGCCCACCCCAGCUCGGCUUUUUCAGGACUCCUAAGGGGACCGUCAUGAGGAAACCGACCGAGUCCUUAUAUGUGGACCUCAUAUCUGCAACAUUCAAGGAAGACGAAGAUGAAUGUGGCGAUGAUGAGCAAGAAUAUUCCGGUGACCGAGCAGAUGUUGGAAUGCGCGAAGAUCGCCUUCUAGCUGCGACCUAG